AUAGUUUUAAUAUGUAAUUUGGAUCCAAGGGCAACAGCAGAGGAUGUGGGGGAGGCGUGCAGCCUAUUUGGACCUAUACUUAGUUGUGAUAUAUUAGUGGAUACGAUGGGUAGACCUCUGAACGAGGCCGAAGUUGAAUUUCUCUAUGCAGAAUCAGCGAGAGACUGUGUAGCCAAGUUGGAUAAGAAUAUUGCUGAUGGACGCGUGCUUCAUGUGAAGCUUCAAGAUCAGGCUACUUUACCUGUCAAGCCAAGAUAUUCUUCUCGAACAGUGAUUGCAUCGGAUAGA